AAACUUACUUACGAGUUAUCGCAUCAGCUGGGAGUCGGUUGAGUUGAGAUUGGAAUUAAAUUGAGUUUGCGUCAUGUUGGUUAACUCUGGAUGUAUUCUAAAAAUUCGAACGAGCAUUGAAAAUGGAAAAUUAACGUCAAGAUUGUGUAGGAAGACCGUUGCAGACCUGUGGUUCUCAAUACUUCAGCGAAAUGCAGUUACGUAAGGCCAUCCGGCCCGCAGAUGAAAACCUGAGAAAAUCCGGGAUGCGAAUUUUUUUAAGCAGUUAGCGAAGAAAAACGCUAUCUUUCCUUCAAUGUAUCCUGCGAAUCGAUCAAGGCCAGACAUACUUGCAUUCAUAAACAAUGGGAUUUGGACGUCAAGACACAGCCCCUGCUAUGGAACUACUUCAAUGUGUGAAUAAUGACCAGGGAUCGAAAAGCAAUACACCAUCUGUUCCUUCAUCGCCCCUAACACUGAUUGAAAAAAUCAAUCAGAAAAUUGUAGCUAAAGAAAAAUUCUUCAGCUUGGAAUUUUUUCCUCCAAGAACUCCAAAUGGAGCAGUGAACUUGAUUGCCAAGUUUGACAGGAUUUCUAUGGGAUGCCCAUUAUUUUGUGAUGUGACAUGGCAUCCUGCUGGAGACCCUGGUGGGGAUAAGGAAACAAGUUCCAUGACAAUAGCCAGUGCCGCUUUAAACUACUGUGGACUUGAAACUAUGUUGCACAUUUCUUGUGCUAAUACAGUGAAAGAUACAGUGACUAAGCACUUGAUGAAAGCUAAAGCAUUGGGAAUUAGAAACAUUCUUGCUCUUCGAGGUGAUCCACCCAAUGGGGAGGAGUGGCAAGCACUUGAUGAUGGUUUGGCUUACGGCACAGAUAUGGUUAAACACAUCCGCCAAGAGUUUGGAGAUACUUUCACCAUUUGUGUGGCAGGCUACCCAAAUGGUCACCCAGACUGCCCCACAUAUGAGGAAGAUCUUCAACAUUUGAAGGAGAAAGUAGAUGCUGGAUCAGAUUUCAUCAUUACACAACUGUUCUUUGAGAACAAAACAUUCUUCAAAUUUGUUAAGGAUUGCCGAGAUAUUGGUAUAACUGUACCAAUCAUACCUGGCAUUAUGCCCAUUCAGGGUUAUGCUUCCUUGCGUCAUCUCGUCAAGCUUUCAAGGUUAGAAGUUCCACAAUGGAUUGUGGAUGCCAUUGAACCUAUCAAAGAUGAUGAUGAGGCUAUACGUAAAUAUGGGGUAGAGCUUGGAAUCCAAAUGGCACGUGAACUUUUAGAAAGUGAUGACGUUCCUGGAUUACACUUUUACACCCUAAAUCGAGAAGUUGCUACUCGAGAAAUUUUGACAGCUUUGGGACUGUGGUGCCAGGAUCCCGCUGCCAGCAGACCAUUGCCUUGGAAGCCCUCUGCAAACAAGAAAAGGGUGUGUGAGGAUGUGAGACCAAUCUUCUGGGCUUCUCGACCAAAGAGUUAUAUGUAUCGCACAUCAGACUGGGAUGAGUAUCCUAAUGGUAGAUGGGGAAAUUCAUCAUCACCAGCCUUCGGCGACUUGAGUGAUCAUCACUUGUUUUAUUUACGGAGCAAAAUCAAGAAAGAGGACUUGUUGAAAAUGUGGGGAGGAGAACUCACUUCCGUAGAAGAUGUAUUUGAGGUUUUCAGAUGUUACAUCUCUGGGGAAAACAAUCAAAAUGGUGUGCAGGUGAAAUCACUUCCCUGGAAUGAUGACACCAUUGCUCCAGAAACAGCCUUGAUCAGAGAGAAGCUUGAAUUUCUCAACAGCCAUGGAUUUCUAACAAUCAACAGUCAGCCUCAUGUGAAUGCCAAACCAUCAAGCGACCCUCUGGUAGGCUGGGGGGGAAGUGGUGGAUAUAUCUACCAGAAGGCCUACCUAGAGUUCUUCACCUGCAAAGAAAACGUUGACAUCCUUCUUGAAGUUUUAAAAGACUACCCACAAGUUAAUUAUCAUUUUGUGAACAGAGAGGGCUCAGUGAAUGUAACCAAUUCUGACGAGCUAUCACCCAUUGCUGUCACAUGGGGUGUGUUUCCUGGAAAAGAGAUUUAUCAACCAACAGUUGUGGAUCCUAUCAGUUUUGAGUCUUGGAAAGAUGAAGCAUUUGAUCUUUGGGAUCAACGGUGGGGUCGACUCUACAAAGAAGACUCGCAAUCGAGAAGAGUCAUUGAUGACAUCUAUAACAACUAUUACCUUGUCAAUUUAGUUGACAAUGACUUUAUCAAAGGGAACUGCCUUUGGGAAACACUUGAGAAAACAGUGGAACUGAGAGAAGGAACGUCUCAACGAAUGGCUGCUGAAGCAUGAUAAUAUAUGAUUAUUGCAUGAUUAUAGUAAUCUGAGUUGCUGUGAAUAUGGGAGAGCCAACCAUUUAAAGUGAUAUUUUAGACUUCUCCAGUCCCUUUAUUGUUUAAGAGGCUUAUGGAGAAUAGUGAAAAAUAUGCAAAGUUCAGGAGAAGGUUGAGAAAUUUUUUACAAGAAAGCAUUCAAAACUCUGGGAUAGGAUGGACAAAAGUUUAAAUCUAAACAGGAUCAUAAUCCCUCAAGGGGAUCUAAAAUACCUAACUUAUUUUACUCAAAUCCUGAUUAAGCGAGAAUUAUGAGUAAAUGGGAAAUGCUCAUUUGUGGCAAGAAUUUUCAGUUUGGCCAUGUAGUUUUUAACGAUCUUUACAAAGAGGCUUGAUUAUUUGAAUAGACUUGACCAAACUGAGAAGAUCAUCCAGGCCAGUUAUUUUCCAGACACACAAGAUCAAUUAUAAAAAGAUGAUGCACCACAAUCAAUUUUUAUGAAAUUCUUGGGUUGAUGCAAAAUCUCUCUUUCAUUGUACCUCAGUUUCAAAUGUACCAACAAUGAUUUAACUCCACCCAUGAAUUCAAGCUGGACUUGAAACAUUCUGAAUUUUAUUUGCAACAUUCUAGCAGAGAUCAGCUUGUUUCAUGGGUUAAGAAGAAUUCCUUACUUACUGGAUAACAUAUAUUAUUUAUAUUUAUUUCAUUUAAUGCUCUGACAGAUCAAUCAGAGUACACAGAUACUGUAUGAAGUACAUUGUUGUGAUGUUUUAAUGGAAACCAUCAAAGUAACUUUAAAUUAAACCCCUUUCCCCAAUACAUCUAGUUUAGAAUCCAGACUACUGUUGUUAGAAAGUACUACUGUUGUGUACUGUUGUUAGAAAGUUCUGUGAACUUGAUUUGCUUACCAACUUUAACCAGGUGAUCAUUGAUUAAGUCAGAGUUAGAAACUUUACAAGGUAGACAUACAUUGAAUUUCAAAAAAAUUGCUAGUAUGAGAGAAUUGAAAGGAUAUUAGGAAUUUUAUACAAGUCAUGAAUAAAUCACACUUUGAAUAA